UUUGCCUCCCCAGCUUUACUCUACAAGCAUGUCCUCAGACGUGCAGCCGUGUGAUGAAGCAAACCAACUAACUUCCAGAGAGCACCGGACGAAGGUAACCCGCUGCACGAGCAGCAGAAAAGUCUGAGAGCAGGGGCACCCCAAGUUGACCCCAUCCGGAGACUUCUUCCUGGGCUGAACACCAUGGAGACUGUUUGACAGUGGAAGUGGAGGUUUACUGUACAGUAGCUCAGCUGGAGUUUCUCACCCCUUCAUGACAUGCAGUGAGCCGAUGCCACCAGCAGGUGCAAAGGCGAUUCAAAGCCUGAACUCCAACUGAAUAGAAGAACAUCCCCAAGACCAGAUGCAAUGGAGAUGUUCAAUUUCACCAACUUCACCUACUGGAAUGCCUCAGAAGGCACUGACGCAGGGCCUGUCAUUGAACCAGAAAGCCCAUACAAGACUGUGGAGGUGGUGUUCAUCGUAUUGGUGGCUGGGUCCCUCAGCCUGGUCACCGUUAUUGGAAAUAUCCUGGUCAUGCUUUCCAUUAAGGUCAAUAGGAACCUACAGACUGUCAACAACUACUUUUUAUUCAGCCUUGCAUGUGCUGACCUAAUCAUCGGGCUGUGUUCCAUGAACUUGUAUACAGUAUACAUAGUGAUUGGCUACUGGCCCUUAGGGCCUGUGGUGUGUGAUCUGUGGCUCGCCUUGGACUAUGUAGUGAGUAACGCAUCUGUCAUGAACCUACUCAUCAUCAGUUUUGACAGAUACUUCUGUGUCACAAAGCCCCUCAGCUACCCUGUCAAAAGGACCACCAAGAUGGCAGGGAUGAUGAUUGCUGCUGCCUGGGUCCUGUCCUUCAUUCUGUGGGCCCCAGCCAUCCUUUUCUGGCAGUUCAUCGUGGGCGGGCGGACAGUGCCUGAGAGGGAGUGUUACAUUCAGUUCUUCUCUAAUGCAGCAGUCACCUUCGGCACGGCCAUCGCAGCCUUCUACCUGCCCGUUAUCAUCAUGGUCAUUCUCUACAUACAGAUCUCUAUAGCCAGUAAAAGCCGGGUAAAGAAGGAGACCAGGAAGCCGUCAGGGCCCAACCCAGAGGCCCUGUCCCACGAGCAGGCAAGGUGCAGUAAUUCUGCCAAGCCCAUCAACAACAACGUGACAGCAGAGGACACAGAGCAGGGCAGGACCGAAGCCAUAGAUGACGUGGCCAACCAGCACGACGGUAAACUGCAGAAUGGAAAGGGCCCGUCCACCACGGGUGGAGAGGGGGAGAUGGAGGGCAUGGACAGGGGUAGGGAGACCUGUGCCCACGGAGAGGAGAAAGAGAGCUCCAACGACUCGACAUCUGGCAGUGCAGCGGCGUCCAACCACAAAGAAGAAGAAACGGUGCCAUCCAGAGCAAACUGCAACACCGAGCUCGUUCAGCAGCCAACCCGCCACCGGGCCAAGGCAGGCGGCUCCAAACUCACCUGCAUCAAGAUUAAGACCAAGUCUCCCAAGGGGGACUGCUACACGCCCUCCAACACCACUGUGGAGAUCGUCCCCGCCACGGAGAAGCAGAACCAUGUGGCGCGGAAAAUCGUAAAGAUGACCAAGCAGCCGCCCAAGAAGAAGAAAGCGCCACCGUCUCGGGAGAAGAAGGUGACCCGUACCAUCAUGGCCAUCCUGGUGGCCUUUGUGGCCACCUGGACCCCUUACAAUGUCAUGGUGCUCAUCAACACCUUCUGCUCCAGCUGCAUCCCCAGCACAGUCUGGACUAUCGGCUACUGGCUGUGCUACAUCAACAGCACCAUCAACCCUGCCUGCUAUGCCCUCUGCAAUGUCACUUUCAAAAAGACAUUCAAACAUCUCCUCCUCUGCCAAUACAAAAACAUUAGGUCAGCUAGAUGAAUAUGGAUGUGAGUGUGCGAGUGUGGAUGUGAGGAUGUGAGCGUGUGUGUGUGUGUGUGUGUGUGUGUGUGUGUGUGUGUGUGUGUGUGUGUGUGUGUGUGUGUGUGUGUGUGUGUGUGUGUGUGUGUGUGUGUGUGUGUGUGUGUGUGUGUGUGUGUGUGUGAGAGAGAGAGAGAGAGAGAGAGAGAGAGAGAGGUUUGUGAUGUGGUCCCUUUCCUUGUUUUUACUCUACGGCUCAUAAGAGAACAGGUCCUGCAGGUCCUGCAGCCAUGUUGGGUUUGGCUCUGAUGAAUGAGAUUUGUGAUGCAACUGUUGAGACAUAAGACUUACAAAGAAGCACACAGCCAGGAGAACAAAUAGGCCGAACAUGAAAAGGACAGUUGGAUAGAGAGCUCUGCACUGCACAAGACGAAUUCUAAGGGAAAAUAGGGCUGACUGAAUUCACGUACUUCCCGCUUGAAAUUCAGUGUAAAAAAAAGAAACCUGUAUAUAUCAAUGUAUACGCAAAAUCUAAGUGUGCGUGUGUGUGUGCGUGUGUGUGUGUGCGUGUGUGUGUGUGCGUGCGUGCGUGUGUGUGUGUGUGUGUGUGUCUGAGCGUGACAGAAUGAUCCACACAGUUUCCGUGGAGAUGUCCGCCAGUAAAGACAGCACAAGGACAUACAGAACAUACUACAAACUGUUAUCUGUAUGCCGGUGGCACUCUGUGUUGGCGGCACACAAAGCAGAGCAGCUUGUCUAAACUGCCUCUCUGACAUGUUCAUAUACGACUGAGUAACAUGGCUGGGAGACCUCCUAUCUCCAGGGAUGGACCAUAAGUGGCCCCUGAAGGGCAUAGCAGGACAGAGACCAGGCCUGGCCAGGGUCACCUCUCACCACAACGCAGGACUGAGGUUAGGAAACUUGUUUUGAAAAAAGGUCAUAAGUAAAACAAAUAAAUAGAUCAUUUAAAAAUACAUCCAAAAAGGCCUUGUUCAAUUACAUUAUUUAGCUUGCUAUUCGUUUUCCACAUACUUUUAGAUGAUCAGCGAUUUGAUCUCUUACAAUUCAUUACGUGAAGAGUUUGACGUUUAUUUGAUUGUAUAUUAAGAUAUUCUUUUAGUCAGAUAGUCUAAACUCUUAGAAAAAAAGGUGCUAACUAGAACCAAAAAGGGUUAUUUGGCUGUCACCGUAGGAGAACCCUUUGAAGAACCCCUUUUGUUUCCAGGUAGAACCCUUUUGGAUCCAAUAGAACUCUUUUGUGUUCCAUGUGGAACCCUUUCCACAGAG